ACAAACCAAACAAGCCGAACUCAGCAACAAACAUUUUGCUCAUCCGACAAAGGAACAUCGUGUCCGGAGAAAGAACAGCUCUAAUUUCAAUCAGCCAAUCAGAUCCGGAGGAAACUUCACAACCGGGUCCGAACUCGAACCUGAACCAUGCCGGUGAGACGAGGCCACGUGGCUCCGCAGAACACCUUCGUGGAUACCAUCAUCCGCAAGUUCGAGGGACAGAAUAGAAAGUUUAUCAUCGCCAAUGCACAGGUGGAGAACUGUGCCAUUAUAUUCUGUAAUGACGCCUUCUGUGGGAUGUGUGGUUAUACCCGGGGUGAGGUGAUGCAGAAGUCCUGCACCUGCAGCUUCCUGUACGGACCUCACACCAGGAGACCAGCGGUGGCCCAGAUGGCUAAAGCUCUGCUGGGAGCAGAGGAGAGGAAGGUGGAGAUUUCACUCUACACUAAAGAAGGAGUGUGUUUUAACUGUGAAAUAGAUGUGGUUCCAUUGAAGAAUGAAGAUGGCCUGGUCAUCAUGUUCAUCCUCAACUUUGAGCUUCCCACUGACUCCAGACCAGCCAACAGCUCCCCGGCCAGAGAGCUCAACAGAGUGCUGCACAUCCCCUGGCUGACUGUGGAUUGGCGGCAGCGUCUGCACCUUCUCCUCCGCUCCCUCAGCUCCAAUUCAGGCGUCCUGUCCCAGGACACAGAGCUUGGUUCUCCUCGUGCGGACCUCCCUCCCCUCGGCCAUGAGUCUGUGGCCCUGGGCAAACUGCUGCCCCUCUCUGAGAGGCAGCAGCUGGAGGAGGCCAAAGCUGAAUUAAUUCUGUGGGAUAAAGAAGACGUGGAGGAGAAGGAGGAGGAACAAAUAAGAGGAGCAGGGAGAGGAGGAGUGAGGGAUGGCUUGGAGGCACCCAGGCGAAGUAGUGAGGGAGACAGAAAGAGAAGAGAAGGAGGUGAUGCUGAUGUCUUUAUGGUGGACACAAGAACAGGAGGAGGAGGAGGAGGGAGGAGAGUACUUCACACUGGUCUGCCCCCAUCUCCAACCACAGCACCCCCAUCACUGGCCCUGCCCCUUAACCCUUCUCAUGCUGCACCAAGGAGAGCGCAGAGAAGGAGAGGCCAGGGUGAAGAUGGCGUUCACCCUCCGUCCAGUAGCUUAGACAGCAGCUGUGGGAAAUUAAAACAUUCCUCCUCAGUGGACGAUAUCAAGAGUGGGGAGAGUUACUGGGAGAAGAGGCUGCAGCUGAGGAACAGCUGUACGGCUCGUAUGGUAACCAACAGAAAGACCAGUGGGCCUGUUGGGACAUCAGACACUGAUUUACCUUGCCGAACCAGCAGUCAGCAGAUGACGCAGAGCCCUCUGGCUCACUUACCUCCUGGUGAAAUCAGACCUCCUUGCAAACUGAUCGACAGAACGCACCAUGUCACUGAGAAAGUCACUCAGGUCCUGUCUCUGGGGGCUGAUGUGUUGCCAGAGUAUAAACUGCAGACUCCCAGGAUCCACAAGUGGACCAUCCUUCACUACAGUCCAUUCAAAGCUGUGUGGGACUGGGUGAUUCUGCUUUUAGUGAUUUACACAGCAAUUUUCACCCCUUACUCUGCUACAUUUCUACUGAGUGACCAGGAAGAAGCAGCCAUGCAGACCUGCGGUUACUCCUGUUCCCCCCUCAACGUGGUGGAUCUUAUUGUGGACAUCAUGUUCAUCGUGGACAUCAUCAUCAACUUCAGGACCACAUAUGUUAACUCCAAUGACGAGGUGGUGAGCCAGUCCUCUCGGAUUGCUGUCUACUACUUCAAGGGCUGGUUCCUUAUCGACAUGGUGGCAGCCAUUCCCUUCGACCUCCUCAUCUACCGCUCAGGAGAGGAGGCAGCCAGGGGAGGUGGAGAGGGCGAGACCACCACACUGAUUGGUUUACUGAAGACAGCUCGGUUACUGCGACUGGUUCGUGUAGCCAGGAAGUUGGAUCGGUACUCUGAGUACGGUGCAGCUGUCCUCUUCCUCCUCAUGUGCACCUUUGCCCUCAUCGCCCACUGGCUGGCCUGCAUCUGGUACGCCAUAGGAAAUGUGGAGCGGUCAACCUCAGCUGGGAUAGGCUGGUUGGACAAUCUUGGCGAACAGCUGGGGAAACCUUACAAUGACUCCAUCAUGGCGUCGGGGCCGUCCAUUAGAGACAAGUAUGUCACGGCUCUGUACUUCACCUUCAGUAGUCUCACCAGUGUGGGCUUCGGGAACGUCUCCCCAAACACCAACUCUGAGAAGAUCUUCUCCAUCUGUGUCAUGCUCAUCGGUGCUCUGAUGUACGCCAGUAUUUUUGGGAAUGUGUCAGCCAUUAUCCAGCGGCUUUACUCUGGUACGGCCCGCUACCAUGCCCAGAUGAUGAGGGUUCGAGAGUUCAUCCGUUUCCACCAGAUCCCUAACCCCCUAAGGCAGCGGCUUGAGGAGUACUUCCAACAUGCCUGGUCUUACACUAAUGGAAUAGAUAUGAAUGCUGUAUUAAAAGGGUUCCCAGAGUGUCUCCAGGCAGAUAUUUGUCUCCACCUCAACAGGUCACUGCUGCAGAACUGUAAAGCUUUCAAAGGAUCCACUAAGGGCUGUCUGAGGGCCCUGGCCAUGAGGUUUAAGACCACCCACGCUCCUCCUGGUGACACCCUGGUCCAUGCUGGCGACCUGAUCUCAGAUCUGUACUUCAUCUCCAGAGGGUCGAUAGAGAUCCUCAAAGGAGACGUGGUGGUGGCUAUAUUGGGUAAGAAUGAUAUCUUUGGGGAGUCCAUCAAUGUGGAUGCUCUGCCAGGAAAAUCCAGUGCUGAUGUCAGAGCUCUGACCUACUGUGACCUGCACAAGAUUAACAGAGAGGAUAUAUUGGAGGUCCUGGACAUGUAUCCUGAGUUUUGUGAAUAUUUCUGGUCCAACUUGGAGAUCACCUUCAAUCUCAGAGACGUGCUUAGUGAAGCUGUAGGCCUUCUGAGUGGAGAUGACUCAGACUGUGAGGGCUUCAGCCGUCCACAGAGGAAACUCUCAGGUGUCACCAUCUCAGCAAAGACACAGAAAUCUGCCUUCGGAUGUAGAAGAAAACUGAGUAACUUGGAGCAGUGCGACGGCCAUGAUCAUAAACAUACACUAUACGGCUCCGUGUUCUCCAGUGAGGAUGAAGUGGAGGAGUUAGAUGUGACCAGUCCUGCACAGAUGUCCGUCACCACCAGGUGCAGAGAGACUGACGCGUUUCCAGGAGUGUCCAGCAUCUUUACGUUCUGGAGCUCGGAGAGUCGAGAGGAACACACGUACCAGGAAGUGCCCUGCUCCCACAGCCUCCCCUCACCGCCUCCUCAGCCUCCCCCUCAACAGCGCCCUUACCUGCCCUCCUUCCCCUCCCACUGUCCCUCCAGCCCUCCUCCUCCUCCUCCUCCUCCUCCUCCCACAGCCAUCAUCUCUGGGAGGCAGAGGGUGGAGCUGGACAACAGGUUAGAUGCUCUGCAGCAACAGAUAACCAGGUUGGAGUCUUGUAUGUCAGCAGACAUCAGGACCAUUAUGCAGCUGCUCCAGAGGCAGACACCAGUAAUCCCACCUUCCUACAGCACCCUGACGCAGUCUCCGAACCCGCCGUCCUCCCCCACCCUGUCCCCCACUGUUACCUCCCCAUCUGGAGCCCCAAUCCCUGUCUUCCCCAACGACGAGUCACCAAACAGGCCAAAUGAAAACCAAGAUCGAGUCCUGCCGGAACUUACAGAAUCAGAUUCCGUCAAUUGUGGUUCCACUGUGCUCCCUCUCACAUCGUCACCGCCUUACAUCCAUACCUCACCCCUUCACACGUCCUCAUAUUAGUCACCAUUUUUCUUCCCCUGUUUUACACAUCCAUCUCUCCACCUAAUCCUCAAAACGUCCUCCCUUGUCCUUACCCAGAUAGGUGUGUCAGUGUGCAUCUGUCAUCCUUACCCCCGUCUCACCCUUCUGUCUCACAGAUGCUGUAAACCUCACAAAUCAAAUAUCUGAACUCUUACAGAAGAAUUUGGUUGUAGACAGAUAAGACCCUGCAACCUCCAAACCUGCCUGUUGUUCAACAGAUUCACCUGCUCUUAUAUAAAGGGCUGGCAUCUGAACAGGAGCCCAGACUGUAUCUUCAGCCAAACCUUCUUCAUGGGUAACAUUGGGCCUGCAAGCUUCCAGUCUGUACCUGAGCUUAGUCGCCACCAUACUGAUUACGCUAGCUUCUUGCCUGAUCCUGCACUUAAAGACCAACAGUCAUCUUCCUGACUCACCCAUUUUUAGAGUGAAUUUUUGUGGCAGCGCUCCCAGAAGAAUAAGGAGUGGCUCUCAAAGACCUCAGUCUCCUCCACUGCCCAUGUGACCAAGAGCAGUGGUCAGCCAGGGACCCACAUGAUCCCUAUAUCGCCUCCUUAGCCAUGUAUCCAUGCUCUAGCUUCUGCCUGUCCUGCAGCAUGCUCUGAUUCCCAGUAUCCUUUGCUCUUCAGAGGUGUCCUGUCUUUGUUGCCGCCCUCCAGAACAGCUCUGCCUGCAACAUCCCUGCCACACUCUAGAGCAGUUUUGCCACCCUACCUUCUGAGCCAAUCCUGCCUGCCUGGUCUGGGUCCGCAUCUGGGUCCUCCUUCAUGUGCUCUGCCAACCAACUGUGAACGUUGACCUCACUUCAACAUUCAGCUUGAAUAAAAAUUGGCGCAUAUCCCAGGGUUUUACGAAAGUAGUUAAUAAAUGAACAGAUGAGACCAAUGUAAUUCAGCAAUCAAGUUUAUGCAAAUUAGACAAUUCCAUUCUGACAUUCUAUAGGGACAUCAAGGUUAAUCAACACCAACAAGAACUCUUAUUACUUUACUACUCAGAUGUAAUACAUCUAGAUGCAGCGUGAAUGCAUGCAAAGUCAAUAGAAAUAGUAUAUGCUCAUCGCUCAUCAUACUGGCUAUGGAGUGUGCUGAAUCUGUCUUUGUAAUAAAAUCCUUAUGUGGUUUUCAGACACCUAUAUAUACUGCUCCAGUCCCCUGAGAAUGGAGGUGAUAAUCUGAUGAGUGGAAAACAUGUGGAAAAGACUGGAAGACUGGACAAGCACUAAAUAGAUACAAUCUAUUUUAUUGGGGAAUAAAUUAUGUUGUUCCUCUUGUCCCCUAUUACUGCAAAUAUCUGCAAUGGAAGUCAAAUCCUACAAUUCAAUUUUAUUUGUUUACAACACACAUUAGCUCAAGGCAUUCACCCAGUAGGGUCAAGACGUUAAAAUUAUAGAGAAACAGUUCCCACAACAAGGAAGCACUUGAUGACUGUGGAAAGAACAAACUCCCUCAUUAACUGGAAGAAGCCUUGAGCAGAAUCUAACUCAGUGUGGACGGCCAUCUGCUCAGAGAGAGGAAAGAAGUGGAGGAGAGAGGAGGGUUAGGUGGAAAACGGGAGAGUAGGGGGGUCGGGCUUGAAAAUAGAAAGUGAGAUAUUAAUGGGUAUGAUAUGUAAUGUUAUUAAUGGUAGAAGCACCAGUUAUUAAUUACUAUAAUAAUAAAAGUGGAGUCAGCAGUUUAUACAGUGGUGGUUAGCUCUCUGGACUGUAAAUAUUGUGGUUUUAUUGACAACAAACUGUCUAAUAAAG